AUGGAUGACUUGAACGUCCUGUGCCAGAAUAAGUGUUCAGGAGGAAGAUCCCUGUGGCACACACAGGUCUACGAAGCGGCAGCAGGGGCCAAGCUCAAUGUGAGCAAAAGCACCUGCCUGGCCACGGGCGAGCUCGGGGGCCUGGAGUCCCCGGGGGGCUCGGUCCCCUGCGAGGGGGUCAAGGUCCUUGGGCUGGAGGUUGACGCAGAGCUGAGCGGAAGAAGAGCCCGGGAGAAGGAGGCCGAGGGGAACAGCCCCCGCGGCGGGGCCGGGCCUGCGCAGGCCGGAGGAGGCGGCGGUCGGCGGGUGCGUGCCGCGGGUGGGGCGGGCGCGGCGUGGAGUCGGCGGGACGAGGCGGCUGCGGGGGGCCCGAGGUGGCGGCGCUGGAGCCUGGGGCAGCCGCCUGCCUUCCGAGGGGCCCCGGGGCGGGAGGUGCAUGGGGCCGCGCCGCCUGAGCCCCAGGACCCCUCGGAGACCCCCCCGCCGGCACCGGGGCACGACCUCCCCGCCCCGCACGCCUGGCGCCAGCGCUUCCGGGGCCUCCGCUACCGGGAAGGCGCGGGGCCGCGGGAGGUGUGCGGCCGGCUGCGGGAGCUGGCCCAGCGCUGGCUGGAGCCCCAGCGCCGCAGCAAGGAGCAGAUGCUGGAGCUGGUGGUGCUGGAGCAGUUCCUGGCCAUCCUGCCCCGGGAGACGCGGAGCUGGGAGUGGGGGCGCGGUGCGGCGUGA